UUCCUCCCCCUUCGGGCUCCGCUCCGCGGGGUCUUGUCGCAACCUGGGGCGGUAACCUCGGUGCUCUGGUGCGGGUGCUGUAGUUGACUACAGGUGCCGGCUCAGCAUGUGGUGCGCGAGCCUAGGUGCCGUGCUGGCUUUUUGCGCUGGGCUUUGGGUCUCUAGUCCGGUGCAGGCUCAGGGCCCGGAAGCCGGGGGCCGGCCGGGGGCCGACUGUGAAGUAUGCAAGGAAUUCUUGGAUCGAUUCUACAACUCCUUGAUAGCCAGAGGAGUUCAUUUUUCACUGGAGAUCAUAGAAAAAGAGUUGAUCAGCUUUUGCUUGGAUGCCAAAGGAAAAGAAAACCGCCUGUGCUAUUACCUAGGAGCCACAAAGGAUGCUGCCACAAAGAUCCUAAGUGAAGUCACUCGCCCAAUGAGUGUGCAUAUGCCCGCAGUGAAGAUCUGUGAGAAACUGAAGAAGAUGGACAGCCAGAUCUGUGAGCUGAAAUAUGAAAAGAAAUUGGACUUGGCAUCAGCUGACCUGUGGAAGAUGAGAGUAGCAGAACUGAAACAGAUACUGCGGAGCUGGGGGGAAGAGUGCAGGGCUUGUGCAGAGAAAACUGACUAUGUGAAUCUGAUCAAAGAACUGGCCCCCAAGUAUGCAGCGAUGCACCCUCAAACAGAACUCUGACCAUGGACACCAGCACCCAUCAGCCGUACUUAGAGAAAAAUGACUCUCUGGGAUAUGGACAUGCUGGUUAAGGACGCCUGGGAAUUGCACUGUUUGGUCUUAUAGUUUUUGUCUCGAUAUUAUACCUCAGAAUUUUGGUAGUUGUGUUGAUGAGUAAAACUUCCAGUGUUGCAUUGUACAUUUGUAGUGCACCAAAACCUCCAAGUGCCUUCUAAAGUAGGGGAAAGUGAGCUACUAAGACUGAUGGAAUAAGAUGGUUCUAAGAAGCAAAGAAGGCUUCUCUCCAUGCACAACUUGUUUUUUAUUAAAUAUAUUGGACUAGGACAAAAGAAACAACGUUUAGCUUACCUAAUGCAGACUUCAACCCUAAACAAUAAUUUAGCAUGUUUAAAUGUUUUUUUAGAGUAAACUUCGUAUUUUCAACUGCAAAUCACUAUACAUUCUAGCUCUCUUCUUUCCUAAGACUUUAAAUUUUGUAACUCUUGUAAGUAUCACUGAUGUUUUGGCAGAUUUUGUUGAUAUUCAGAUUGCUAAGUUGAUGAAGCUCAAGGUCUUUUUCAUUUUUCUCUUGCACAUAUCAGACAAGCUUGUCAUAGACAAAGCAUAUUAAGAGCAUCUGCAGGCAGCAUGGAACUUUAUGGUUCGUAACCAUAUUUUAUCAACUUUAAAUUGUAAAAUCAUUUUUAGUUCUAUUUUCCAGCCACAUAAGAUAAAGAAACUAAGGUAGGAAUACUUAUCUUUGGGCCGGCUCUGUGGUAUAGAGGACUAAGCUUCUACCUGUGGCACUGGUUCAAGUCCUGGCUGCUCCUCUUCUGAUCCAGCUCUCUGCUGUGGCCUGGGAAAGCAGUAGAAGAUGGCCCAAGUCCUUGGGCCCUUGCACCUGCAUGGGAGACCUGGACGGAGAUCCUGGCUUCAGAUGGGCUCUGCUCUGGCCAUUGUGGCCAUCUGGGGAGUGAACCAGCAGAUGGAAGACCUUUCUUUCUGUUU